AUGAGUGUUAUGAUGAAAUUAAGGCCAAGUUUGCCUGGUCAAACGGCUGUGAAAGCAAUUGUUUUCGAUAUGGACGGCACAUUAUGCCUGCCGCAGUCAUGGAUGUUCAAGGCUAUGCGGGACGCAAUUGGAUUGCACGACGCACAAGUUGAUAUUUUGACGUACAUAGAUGAGCUGCCUUCGAAAAAACUACAGGACGAGGCAAACUUGAAGAUCAAAAACGUAGAGGCACGGGCAAUGGCAGAAAUGAAACCACAGCCGGGGCUUUUGAAACUAUUGCGGUUUUUGGCCUUGCACAAUGUCAGUACAGGCAUUUGUACGCGGAACUUGAUGACUGCAGUGCGGCAUCUGAUCGCCAAGUUUGUUCCACCAGAACUUGACCGUUUCCAUCAUAUAUUGACACGAGAAUUCCGUCCGACUAAACCCAGCCCGGAUCCGCUGCUGCAUAUUGCAGCACAUUUGCGCAUACGGCCGGAAAACAUGGUUAUGGUGGGCGAUUCGUGGGACGAUAUGGAGUGCGGAAGGGCUGCUGGAUGUGCUACGAUUCUGGUUCGUAAUAACACCAAUGGGAUCUUGCUAGAGAAACGGGGUCACCUCAUCGAUGCUGCUGUGGACGAUUUGGCGGAGAUAAUUGGACUUUUGGAAAAGGGAGUUACCAAAGGAUGA